AUGACAUCCUGCAGUAACCUUCCUCCGUUCAAUGCCAGCGACUAUCUUUUUUCUACUACAUCCUCGAUUCUCAUUGACGCGCCUAUUGACAAAGUAUGGUCUAUCCUCAUGGACUUCCCAAGCUAUCAAAAGUGGUCAGUACAAUUUGUGAAAACAGCAAGAAUAAUGAUAUUGAAAGAUAGGUCUAGGAAUACUUUCACGCGAUCAAUGGUGUUAGUUGACUACAAUACUCGCCGGCCCCUUGCAGACCAAAAGCUUGAGGUCGGAAAAUAUUUUGAUAUGCUCGUCAACAUGAAUCCUGGAGAUGUUCCAGAAGAUCCAAACAAAAGAGACCGAGGCGACGCCUUUGCCAUGAUUUCUAUGUUGGAGCCAGAGAAUUAUCGUAUCUCGUGGACAGCAGCAAUGUUUCCCUACUUCAUACUUCGCUCGUUGCGUACACAGGCGCUGAGCGUGGAUAAAGAGACGGGGAUGACUAAAUACGAGAACUUCGAAGCGUUUGGAGGGUUACUUGCAUAUCUUAUUAGAUAUAUGUCUAGUGAGCAACUGAAGAAAGGGUUUGCUGGUGCAGCGAAUAGCUUGAAGAAACAAGCUGAAAAAAACCCUGCUAAACUCCGAGUCUAUUUAUCGGCGGACACGAAGCAUAAAUUAGCAUAG